AUGGCUGGUGAAGGAGAUCUGCAGCUACUGGGCGGGUUGGUGAGUCCAUUCACACUCCGGGUACGCAUGGCGCUGCACGUCAAGGGUGUGAGCUACGAGUACCUCGAGCAGGACCUAUGGGACAAGAGCGAGCUCCUCCUCGCGUCUAACCCGGUGCACAAAAAGGUCCCGGUGCUCAUCCACGCCGGUAAGCCCAUCUGCGAGUCGGUCGCCAUCGUGCAGUACGUCGACGAGGUCUGGGCGAGCGCCCCCUCGCUCCUCCCCGCCGACCCCUACGACCGUGCCGUCACUCGCUUCUGGGCCGCCUAUGUCGACGACAAGCUGUUCCCUGCCUGGCUAGCCAUCCUGCGCGCCGCGACAGAGGAGGAGAGAGCGCAAAAGCUCGCCGCCACGCUCGCGGUGCUUGCGCCCAUGGAGGAGGCAUUCUCCGCCUGCUCGGCCUUCUCAUCCGGUGGCGACUCCAUCGGGUACUUCGACCUCGCGCUCGGGUGCCAGCUCUUCUGGCUCGACGCGCUGAGGGAGAUGUUCGACGUGAUGGUCAUCGACGAUGGCAGGACCCCGCCCUUAGCCGCGUGGACCGAGAGGUUCCUGGAGACGGAGGCGGCCAAGAUGGUGAAGCCGCCCAUGAGCAGCAUGCUGGAGUACGCCGGGCAGCUGCGAGAAAAUCGGAUAUUUGCCACUUUGAAUACGGGGCUUCUCCAAAUUGCCACUCCCAAGAUUGUCUUCGCAGAAUUGCCAUCCAGCUCAUCGGCUCCUUGA